CAUAAUUCGUUUCCCGAAAACUCAUUGCAUGUGCCCCUUUACGGACCCAAAAUCCAUGAAAGGAUUGAAUAUUUAUAAAUCAAUAUAGAUAUUCCAUAAAGCAUCCAUGAUUCUAGAUCUUAAUCGACCUUCGUGUCCCCUUAAUUCGGUGCACCUAGCGUGUUGAUUCUACGUUGUCGGUCGUGAUGGCGUCUCAUUCCCCCUUUCUCCCGUUUACUCUCGCGAUUUGGGUUUUAGGCUCUCUUACGGACGUUGUUGCUCAGAGCUGUUGGAGAGACACGAAAUGCACGGGCCCGCAAACAGCCGCUUUCUCAGGUGAAUGGGAAUCGAAUCUUUUCUCUCCAUCGACACGAACUGUCACCCCCAAGGCCGUGUUCGAUCUAGACACUGGAGAAAACUCUAAUAUAAAGUCUGCCUCGUUCGCGAGCACGAAAUCCGGUGUUUAUUACGAUUUUGGCCUUGAAGUUGGAGGCGUUGCUACGAUUCAGUUCACUGUCUCAUCUACGGACGGCGAUGGCGCGCUCGGCAUAGCUUUUACAGAAGCUAAGGAUUGGAUUGGACCUGUCUCGGACUCAUCUAGUGGCGUAUUUUCGAGGAAAGAUGGCGCACUCUAUGCCAAUUUCUCCUCCACGGGAGACCAGACUUAUGUCAUGCCGGACGAGCAUAUUCGUGGAGGAUUUCGAUAUAUGACAAUUUUCCUUACCGGAGCAACCUCCUCUGUCACCAUUAACGAUGUUUCUCUAGAACUAUCUUUCCAACCAACUUGGUCAAAUCUCCGGGCCUACCAAGGAUAUUUCCAUAGUAACGACGAUGUGCUCAACAAGAUCUGGUAUAGUGGUGCUUAUACCAUACAGACGAAUGCGCUCCAUCCCUCAACCGGAAGAGCCUGGCCUGCACCGGCGAGCCAAUGGGCAAACAAUGGCAACAUUGGUAUAGGUGACACCAUCAACACUGACGGCGCAAAGCGUGACAGAACUGUCUGGCCCGGGGACAUGGGUGUUGCGGUGCCCUCAUCAUUCUACAGCACUGGCGAUCUUGAGAGUGUAAAAAAUGCAUUGGCAACCUUAUUUAACAUUCAGGCAGAGAGUGGUUUGCUCCCAUUUUCUGGCCCGCCGCUUCUGGCCAGAAAUAGUGAUACGUAUCACAUGUGGAUUAUGAUUGGGACGUACAAUUAUGUCUUAUAUUCCGGGGAUCUAGACUUUAUCGGAGGAAUUUGGGAUAAGUAUAUCGCAGCAAUGUCAUUCGUCUCGAGACAGCUUGAUUCGUCCUUAGGCCUUCUUAAUAUCACCGGCUACAUCGAUGACUGGGGCCGUUACAAUGUUGACGAUACCCAGGCCUCGGUGCAGAUGCUAUAUUAUCGAACGUUGAUCACAGGUUCUUCGUUAGCCACAUGGGUUGGUGACACAACUGGUGUCAAUUCGACGUGGCUCGAUACCGCUGCAAAACUCCGGAGCUCCAUAAACUCGCAGCUUUGGGAUGGAACUGCUGGUGCAUUUUACGAUAGUAUUAAGUCUCGUGAUACCAAGACCGGUUUAUACCCUCAAGAUGGGAAUUCCCUUGCCUUGCUCUUUGGAGUGGUGAACGCUACAGCGGACGAGGGGCAAACAAUCUCUUCGACUCUUACGAAGAAUUGGACCCCGAUCGGAGCUGAGAGUCCCGAAUUGAGUGGCGAGGUCUCUACGUUCAUCUCAUCCUUCGAAAUCCAGGGGCACCUGUUAGCAGGGCAGACACAACGGGCACUCGAUCUGAUCCGAACUAGCUGGGGUUGGUAUCUGAACAACGUAAAUGGCACACAGUCCACUAUGAUCGAGGGCUAUCUCACGGAUGGAACAUUCGGCUAUCGACAUGAUGCUGGAUACGGAGAGGAUUACUCAUACACAUCCCACUCGCAUGGAUGGGCUACUGGUCCCGUCUCGGCGUUGACGGAAUACAUCGUCGGUCUCAGUGUGACUAACCCAGCUGGAUCGAGCUGGCAAAUUGCGCCUCAAUUCGGAGAUCUCACACAUGCUGAAGGUGGUUUCACGACUAGCUUGGGAAAGUACUCAACAAGCUGGACGGUGGACGAUAACGGCUAUACGUUGAAUUAUACUGUGCCACAGGGUACCACAGGCGUAUUGCUUCUCCCAGUUUCCAAAAAUGGUGCGCAAUAUAAGUUGACAAUGGAUGGAGAAGUAAUAACGGCGGAUUCUGAGAAAAUUGUUAAUGCAGCAGGUAACAGGCAACUGUAUACCGUCGUAGGGACGAGUGGGCAGCAUCGUAUCGCGGCCAGCUAGGGAAGGUUUUAGAAAUGGUGGGAAAAAUCAACGUUCCUUUCGAACUGUGUCUUGGAUGUUACAGGCAGAAGCGUGUAUAUGAUCUUCUGCAGAACUCCUGGCAAACAAGACAUUCAUUGUAUAUAGAAUUAUGACGUUGAGUCAUGCUGAAUGUUACACGCCAUCGAAGUAAUAUAUUAUCCUGGUGAUGAGGAAUGACUCAUAAUCAACGCGAGGAAUUGAUAUGUUGGAAGAUAGAAGUGGUUUGUUUC